CUCCUCUUGAAGAACAUGGAAGAAGUGCAUCUUCUAGUUAAAAGGAUGGCCUAUCCUUCUUAUGACUCUGUCAGGAGAGGAGGAUGGAGCAAUAAUAUGAACUCUGGCCUCAACAAAAGUCCUCCCCUUGGAGGAGCACAGACCAUGGGCAAGAACACUGAGCAACGGCCCCAGCCAGAUCCUUAUCAGAUCCUGGGGCCAACCAGCAGCCGCCUAGCAAACCCUGGAAGUGGGCAGAUCCAGCUGUGGCAAUUUCUCCUGGAACUACUGUCCGACAGUGCCAACGCCAGCUGUAUCACCUGGGAGGGGACCAACGGGGAGUUCAAAAUGACGGACCCUGAUGAGGUGGCCAGGCGCUGGGGAGAGCGGAAGAGCAAGCCCAACAUGAAUUAUGACAAGCUGAGCCGGGCCCUCCGAUACUACUAUGAUAAAAACAUUAUGACCAAAGUGCAUGGCAAAAGGUAUGCCUACAAGUUUGACUUCCAUGGCAUUGCGCAGGCCCUGCAGCCACACCCAACAGAGACAUCCAUGUACAAGUAUCCUUCUGAUAUCUCCUACAUGCCUUCCUACCAUGCCCAUCAACAGAAGGUGAACUUUGUCCCACCCCACCCAUCCUCCAUGCCUGUCACCUCCUCCAGCUUCUUUGGAGCAGCAUCACAAUACUGGACCUCCCCCACUGCUGGGAUCUACCCGAAUCCCAGUGUCCCCCGACAUCCUAACACCCACGUGCCUUCACACUUAGGCAGCUACUACUAGAACUUAACACCAGUUGGCCUUCUGGCUGAAGUUUCGGCUCUCGCUCUUACUGGAUACUCUGGACUCUAAAAGGCACAGUAGUAGCCUUGAAGAGAUAAGAAAACUGGAUGUUCUUUCUUUUGGAUAGAACCUUUGUAUUUGUUCUUCUUUUUUUAAAAAAAAUGAUUAUUUUUAUGUUAAAAAAAAAACUUUUGCUUCCUCUACCUGAAAAAAAAAAAAAAAAAAGGAUCAUUCCAUGGGCCAGUCCACCAGUUUGGAUUCUCAACCUCCUGUCAUCGAAUGAGUUAAAUAUUUAGAUUACUGGAACGGUUAUGCCAUGAUUCUGAGAAAGAAGUAUGUAUUUCUUUAUUCUUUUUUUUUUUUCCAUGACCAAAGCAGUUUCUUAUCAACACACGGGUCUCAUCAUUGUAGGAUUCCCUACGAUAAUGAAUCAUGGACUUGACCAGGGUUGAUCUGGUUUGAGACUUAGUAAAAAUCAAGACAGGAUGUUUGUAAUCUUUUCUUAGGAGGGCUUAAUUCAGCGGAUGGCAACUGGAACACUGGCUGCGAGGCCGGUGACUUUUUUUGCCCAACUGGAAUAUAAAAGAUGUGUGUGUAUAUGUGUAUUUAAGAAGCCAUGAGUAUUACAAAAUUCCUCACAAUGGGCAAUAUGCACUUGGCUGACUAUUCUCACCAGAAGUUGUCAGAAUAUGAACUAAGAAAGUUUAACACAAACACAGACACUCCUUAAGGACAGAGGAUUAAAUAACAUUUUUUUUUUUUGGUUUUUUGUGUUUUUUGUGGUUUUUUUUUUUUUUUUAUGACAGUGAGUCCCAGAACUUUGAAAAGUCAUGGGGAUUUCUAAACUCAAACAGAUUCGCAAGCGCUGUGCGUUUGUCAGACCACCAGACCAAGGUCAACCAAUCAGAAGGCAACUAACUGUAUAAAUUAUGCAGAGUUAUUUUCCUAUAUCUCACAGUAUUAAAAAAAAUAAAUAAUUAAAAAUUAAAGAGUGAAUAAACGAGUUGACCUCGGUCACAAAUGCAGUUUUGCUAUCAAAUCAAUCAUUGUUAUUUUUUUUUUAAAUAUAAUUUGUACAUCUUUUGUCAAUCUGUACAUUUGGGCUAUUUGUACGUUUUUAUAGCUGGUCUUUUUUUUUUAAAAAAAAUAAGGACAAUGUGACUGUUGAUGAACAGCAAGUGGGGAGUUAAAGUCAGUGAGUUCUUAGGGAGAAAUGCCGUGAUAACGGUUAUUUAACACGUAUGCCCAAGAUCCAUUUAGAUCUACAGUGCUUUAAAAAUGUUUGUAAAUAACAGAGCCGCAAUAACCUGAAAAGGACAAACAAAAUUUUCCUCAUACCCACGGGGAGCUCUCCUACUCUAUAUAUGCAAUAUAUUUUUAGACGUGAAAUAUAUAUAUAUAUAAUUUUGCAGGUAACCGUGACUUUUUAAAACGAUAUGAAGUGUUAAGAUGACAACUGUCCGAUGAAGACUAAGUUGUAAAAUAAUUUGAUCUUAAUAAAUUGUGCCUUCUUCUUUUACAUUUUCACUCAGAA